AUGAUGCUGGACUCCGUUAGCCAUAAUACCUUCCUGCCAAACACAGUGAUGUGUGAAUCCUUGACAUCUUGGUCAGAAGUAUUUGGAAGAGUGGAUGAACAGUACUCACUAUCUGAUCAUCAAACAGCUUGUGAUUCUUCCUGGAUAUCCAUGCAUCCAGAAUACUGGACGAGACACAACGUCUGUGAGUGGCUACAGUUUUGCUGUGAUCAAUACAAACUGGAUGCUAACUGCAUUUCCUUUUCCCACUUCAACAUAAAUGGUCACCAGCUAUGUUGUAUGACCCAAGAAGAAUUUUUAAAUGCUGCAGGAAUUUGUGGGGAAUACCUCUACUUCAUUCUCCAAAACAUCAAGACUUGUGGUAUAUCCUUCUUUCAGGACAAUGAAGAUACAAAGUCAUCUGAAAAAGACUAUAAUGAUAAGGCAUGUUUGAGAACAGGUGGCAUCAAGAGUCAAGAGUUUCAAGGUCACAGUAGAACAAGUUUGCAGAGCUCUCACUUAUGGGAAUUUGUACGAGAUCUUCUUCUGUCCCCUGAGAACUCUGGUAUCCUUGAAUGGGAAGACAGAGACCAAGGCAUCUUUCGUGUUAUCAAAUCUGAUGCUCUGGCAAAGAUGUGGGGACAAAGGAAAAAAAAUGACAGAAUGACCUAUGAAAAGCUAAGCAGAGCACUCCGGUAUUACUAUAAAACUGGAAUUUUGGAACGAGUUGACAAGAGAUUAGUGUACAAGUUUGGAAAAAAUGCACAUGGAUGGCAAGAAAGCAACUCAUGA